UGCCUGUUGCUCCAGGAUAAGGAAAUUGCAGUGCAGUAAAGACUUAUUGUGCAAACCUACUGUACUGUACAGUGCGUGCACUGGGUGGAGACGUCAGCGCGCGCACGCCAAACACACACACAGCGGCGCCCUUGCGUCUUCCGGGAAGAAGCGGAUUUAGAAGCAGAAGCAGAAUGAGUUCCGCGGGGCUGGAGAAGCUGCGCAUGACGGGCGCGGGCAGAGCCAUCGCCGCGCUGACCAGCGGAGGAGACGCGCAAGGUAUGAAUGCAGCUAUCCGCGCUGUGACCCGGAUGGGCAUCUAUGUGGGCGCCAAGGUCUAUCUGGUGUAUGAGGGGUAUCAAGGACUGGUAGACGGAGGAGACAAUAUUAAACUGGCCAACUGGCAAAGCGUCACCAAUAUAAUUCAACUGGGAGGAACCGUGAUCGGCAGCGCCCGCUGUAAGGCCUUCACCACACGAGAGGGGCGUUUAGCUGCGGCCUUUAACCUGGUGAAGCGCGGCAUCUCUAACCUGUGCGUCUGUGGGGGUGACGGCAGCCUCACGGGGGCCAACAUCUUCCGCUCGGAGUGGAGUGGACUCCUCGAUGAGCUGGUGAAGAAAGGUCGAAUCACAGCAGAAACGGCGAAGCAGCACGGGCACCUGAACAUCGUGGGUCUGGUGGGCUCCAUCGAUAAUGACUUCUGUGGAACGGACAUGACCAUCGGCGCUGACUCCGCCCUCAACCGCAUCACUGAGAUCAUCGAUGCCAUCACCACCACAGCCACCAGCCAUCAGCGCACAUUUGUGCUUGAGGUCAUGGGUCGCCACUGCGGGUACCUAGCGCUGGUUUCAGCUCUGGCGUCUGGAGCUGAUUGGCUGUUCAUCCCUGAAGCCCCUCCUGAGGACGGCUGGGAAGAGCUCAUGUGCGCUCGACUGGGAGAGAGCCGCAGUAAAGGAUCCAGACUGAACAUCAUCAUCAUCGCUGAAGGAGCCAUCAACAAAAGCGGUGAACCCAUCACCUCCAACUACAUCAAAGACCUGGUUGUGUCGCGGCUGGGUUACGACACCCGGGUCACUGUUCUGGGUCACGUGCAGAGGGGCGGGACGCCGUCAGCCUUUGACAGAGUUCUGAGCAGUAAGAUGGGCGUCGAGGCCGUGGUGGCCCUGUUGGAGGCGGGACCGGACACUGCCGCCUGUGUGAUCGGCCUAUCAGGAAACCAGGCCGUGCGUCUCCCGCUAAUGGAGGCCGUAGAGAUGACUAAAGAGGUUCAGAGGGCCAUGAAUGAAAAGCGGUUCGAAGAAGCCAUCCAGUUACGGGGCAGGAGUUUUGAGAACAACUGGAACAUUUAUAAGUUGCUGGCCUAUCAGAAACCUGCUGCGGUCCAGAGCAACUACUCCAUGGCCAUCCUGAACGUCGGAGCUCCAGCCGCCGGCAUGAACGCUGCGGUGAGGUCGGCGGUGAGGGUCGGUCUGGCCACAGGACACCGGGUUUACAUCGUCAGCGAUGGAUUUGAGGGUCUGGCCAAUGGAACGGUGAAUGAGGUGUCGUGGAAUCAGGUGGCCGGUUGGACGGGUCAGGGCGGCUCUCUGCUGGGAACUAAACGAACCCUCCCAAGCACCUGCAUGGAGAAGCUAGUGGAAAAUCUCAACAAGUUCAACAUCCAGUCACUGUUUGUCGUCGGUGGUUUUGAGGCGUAUGAGGGCGUACUGGAGCUGGUUGAAGCGAGGGGGCGUUAUGAUGAAUUAUGUAUUCCCAUGUGUAUCAUCCCUGCCACCAUCAGCAACAAUGUUCCAGGCACUGACUUCAGUUUGGGCAGCGAUACUGCGGUUAAUGCAGCGAUGGCCAGCUGUGAUAAGAUCAAGCAGUCGGCCACAGGGACCAAGAGGAGGGUGUUUGUGGUGGAGACUAUGGGUGGAUUCUGCGGUUAUCUGGCAACCACCACAGGCAUCGCUGUCGGUGCAGAUGCCGCUUACAUCUUUGAAGAUCCUUUCAACAUCCAUGACCUCAAGACCAAUGUGGAGCAUUUGACGGAGAAAAUGAAGAAAGACAUCCAGAGAGGUCUGGUGCUGAGGAAUGAGAAAUGCCAUGAGCAAUACACCACUGAUUUCAUCCAUAAGCUCUACUCCGCAGAAGGGAAGGGCGUGUUUGACUGCAGGGUCAAUGUCCUGGGACACCUGCAGCAGGGUGGAGUGCCGACACCCUUCGACAGAAACUACGGCACUAAACUGGGCGUUAGAGCCGUGCAGUGGCUGACAGAGAAGAUGGCCGACAAUUUUAGACUAGGUCGUGUGUUUGCAAACACCCCAGACUCGGCCUGUGUGAUCGGCCUGUAUAAGAAGGUUCUGACCUUCAGUCCCGUCACUGAGCUGAAGGACCAGACGGACUUUGAACACCGGAUGCCCAAGACGCAGUGGUGGCUGAAUCUCCGACUGAUGCUGAAGAUGUUGGCAAAGUAUCAGACGUCCUUCAACGAGUAUGUGACGGGAGAGAUCGAACACGUGACCCGUCGCUCUCUCAGCAUAGACACCGGGUUUUAAAACGACGUACUGCCAGUGCCAUCCUUAAAUCAACACACCCGACUGCCACUCCUCCGUUAAAACGGGUAAAUGCAUGAUUCUUUAGUGAGUAAAGGAGUGUAAAACUCCAGACUUGUGCCUAAACCUGAUUUUCCUCUGCAUUGGAGGUCUGUAUUUGCACCAUCUUUAUGCUGGACUGAUGCAGUGUGUACCAAACUAGACCACUCCCAUUGUAAUUAAUAGAACUAUGGAUACAUUUACAUUAAUCCAGAUACAUUUGAAAGCAUUUCUGUUUCGAAACACUCUCCGUCCACACUGAAACAUCUGAAAACGCUUAAACCGUCUUACUGCACAUGCAUGAAACGUAAUAAAAGCUCACUGAGAUGAUACCAGAUGUAAUAAAGUCCUCAAGCUAUUCUUCUGGCAUGAUUAUUUCAUGAGCAAAAUAUCUCUUCACUGACUCCUGCUUCCAGUUCACACUCAAUCGCCAUUCCAUGUUUGGUCUAAAACACAAUUGUCCUCAUGUUUUGCCGCAGCAAUUGCAAGUAAAUUUUCGUAAAAAUUUGCCCCACCCCUAAUCCUAACCCCUCCUCCACAUCUACUCCUAAACCUACCAAUACUAGGGGGGUAAUAAUAAUCUGGCAGGGGGUCAGAAUUCAGCACAACACUGGUAUAAACAACAGUAUGUGUCACAUGACUAAACAUACAUAGUUUUCAAAUACCUCUGUUUUCACAGUUUUCACACUACAAAGCAGAAACGGCUUUUGAAAUGUAUCCACUUAACAGAGCAUCUUCAAAAAGCUGUUUUCGCAGGAUAAAAAUGCGUCAAAACGUAGAGAAAAGAUGCGUUUUCAAAUGUGUCUGGAUUAGUGUAGCUGUAGCCUAUGAACACUGCUAAUAUUUUUGUUUACAAAUGUCAUAUGUGUGAAUCUAUUGCUAUAAACUGUAUUCGUUAUAUAUUUGAAUCACUUCAGACCAUUUCAUCAAAGCCAGCUUGUGAUGUUUUAAUUAAUUGUAAUUAAAAUCACCUUGUUGUUAACUAUAUGUAUACGCAACUGUAGCAAAACCAAAAUGUAAAGUUAUUUUGCUGUUCAAAAGCAACUAAUGCAAAGUAUUUUUCCUGGUGCAAUGCAACACCAGUCACUUCCAGGGAAGACACUGUGUUAUUCUUUAUACUAAACUGCUGCUGUUCACAGAUACUUAUUCAGAUACAGAAUUCAUUGUUGUUUCCUGGCAAAUCUUUAUUCCAGCAGCUUUUCCAUGAGGGAAAUGGUUUGAUAUAUCGUGAUGAAGUACAUCACGAGCAGGUAAAGGUGGAGAUUGUGAACCUGGUGCUGUGAUUGUUAAACAUUUGAACAGGUAAUUUGUGGUUGUGAGCUUCAGUAUUGUGCCUGUGAUAUUGUGAUUAGUGUGAAGCAAUAGAUAGUUCUAGUGCACAUCUCCAGUAUUUAAUACUCUACACUGACAUUCAUUUCAAAUUCUAGAAAAUAAUGAACCAGGUAUGAGAGUGUAAAUGUAACAGGUGAAUGAAAGUACAUAAACCCUAUUGAGGAUUUUUUGCUCUUUUGACAUUAAUUUUGUACACACACUAACAUAAUGUUUUGCAUUGCAGUAAAAAGACUUUUUGUUUAAUUGUCAUGAAAAUGUCACAAUGCAAAAAUCAUAAUGAUCCUGAAAGUUUCAUUUUCUUUUUGCAAAAUGUAAUUUUUCUCCUGAUUUUAUGGGUGAAAUAUGGUCUGCCCAGUUGCAUAAACGACUUAGACUAGUCUUAAAGGUUGUCAUAUAAUUUUAUUCUUCAAGACUGGUCCUAAGUUUUUAAAUUCAGAUGCAUAAAAAGAUAGAUCAGUCUAAUUUGAAUUGGAUAAGUAAGACUGAUGACCUCUUAUCUAACUGCUAGUUGGUCAAACUAGUUCUUAAGACACUAAACAUGUGUUUAUGCAACUGGACGUGUUCUUGACGUGUUGUUUCACCUCAGAUCAUUUAAUUUGCAUAUGGGCCUUUUUAUAUUGUAUUACUGUAAACAACUAUGAAAUGUGUAUUUUGCUGAAAUCUACAAAACUUUAAGGCUUGU